AUGACGUAUAAAGACAUGUCAGAAUUAUUUCAUAGCACAGCAGAGCACACUACAGCCAUGCCUAACUAUUACACUGCUGCAAGACCUCAACAAUCCAGAAAUUUGAGUCAUAGAAAUACCCAACCUGGGAAUCAGACUCAGUUAGUUAGCAUUCCUGGAACUACAAACAGUCAACCAACCCCCAUGUAUCCUCAUUCAAGUAUAACAAUUCAACCUUCAGUAUAUGUCCAAGGACAAGUAUCUGGGCUUCAACCUAAUCCUCAUGCGCAAGCUGUAUAUUCAAUCAGUAAUCAAAUGUCAAUGCAGUUUUCUGGACCACCUCAAAGGCAUCAGACGCAUCAAACGCAGUUUCCAUAUCAAUCAUACCAGCCUCAUCCGGCUCUGUUUACAUCAAAUAUUUAUAGUUAUCCUCCUGGAGCUCAACAUCAUGGUUUUUCUUUGAAAGGUAUGGAUACUUUUGAUGCAACUGAUCAAUGUUGCAGCUGUUAAAAGAAAAAUCUUAGUAGAAUAUCGGCCCGGAUAAAAAUAUGAAAGUCAGAUAAUGAAGUUAAAUUUAUU